GGUUGAUUAUUUUCAAAAACGAUAACUCAGUCAGUCAUUCUGAAAUUUGUUUAGAUUGAUUCGUUCAUCAAAAUUCGUCGCAAAUAUGAUGAAAUUUUUUGCUGGCGCUUUUCUUACCAUUGUCAUUCUUCAAACGGUGUUUUUGGUAGUAGAAUCUGAGAACUUAACGGAUACUUUUGGAAAGUCCCAGCCGGACCACCGAUCAAACUUCAAAAAUAAUGCUGGCCAAACUUUUCAACAUCUUGGCAAUGCUGGAAAAGCAGCCAAUGCCGCUGUAAUCGAUUUGGUCAAGGGUGGUGCCCAACUUACACAAAAUACUGUGUCGAGAGGAGUACAAGGAGUAAGAAAAUGUCCAUCAAAUACUGCAAAUGGUGUUAAAAGACGUGCAACCAAUACUGCGCGAGGUGCAGGCAGUUUACUGAAAUUCGGUGGCAAUAUCAUUCAGAAUACCGGAAAGGGCAUUAACUAUAUUGGAAGAUCUGUUGGAAACUUUGGACAAGGAAUUGUCGAUAGAACUUCGGGUCAAACCAACAACGACAACAACAACAACAACAACAACAACAACAUUAACAACUGAUUCCUUUCCAAAUCCACAUAAAUACUUGCACAAAAAAUUGGUAGUUUUAAAAUCAGGAAAAAUGUUUUGAAACUAUGGUUUUCUUUCAAAAUUUAUGAAUAAAAAUGCACGAAAUUUACAAUCAAAA